UCAUUUGAGGUCAGGAGUUUGAGACCAGCCUGGCCAACAUGGUGACACCCCUUCUCUACUAAAAAAAAAAAUACAAAAAAAAUUAGCCAGCGCUUGUAAUCCCAGCUGCUUGGGAGGCAGAGGCAUGAGAAUCACUUGAACCCAGGAGGCAGAGGUUGCAGUGAGCCCAGAUUGUGCCACUGGACUCCAGCCUGGACGAAAGAGACCCCCUCUAAAAAAAAAAAAAAAAAAAAAAAAAAGGCAUCCAAGGCAGUGGGACAUCUGACUUCUGAAUGGGAACCUUUAUAGCACCAGCGACCAAAGAGAGAAUUAAAUAUGGGGGAUGUUGAAAAAGGCAAGAGAUUUUUUGUUCAGAACUGUGCCCAGUUCCACACUGUUGAAAAGGGAGGCAAACACAUGGCUGAGUCAAAUCUCCAUGGUCUCUUUGCGGGGAAGACAGAUCAGGCCAUUGGAUUCUCUUAUACAGAGGCCCAUAAGAACAAAAGCAUCACCUGGGGAGAGGAUACACUCAUGGAGUAUUUGGAGAAUCCCAAGAAGCACAUCCCCGGAACAAAAAUGAUCUUCGCAGACAUGAAGAACAAGGCAGAAAGGGCGGCCUUGAUAGCUCAUCUCAAAAAAAGCUACCAAUGAAUAAUAACAGGUCACUGUGUUAUUUGUUACAAGACAAAUAUUUCAUGACUUUUUAAUUUGUACCAUAACUUAACAGAUCUCAUACACAAGAAUUCAGAUAAUGAAUGACUGACAGAAUAUUUUUGUUGGGCAGUCUUGAUUUAACCACGACUGGCUUGUGGUUAAAUGGUUAAAUGAAUAUGUUUGGUUUUUUAAUUUAAUUUUAUUUUUUUGAGAUGGAGUUUUGCUCUUGUCGGCCAGGCUGGAGUGCAAUGGUGCGAUCUCAGCUCACUGCAACAUCUGUCUCCCCUGUUCAAGUGAUUCUCCUGCCUCAGCAUCCCAAGUAGCUGGGAUUACAGGUGCCCACCAUCACG